GCCGCCAUAGAUGAGAUUUCCAAAGCCUAUGAUCUCCGAUCAUCAUCCCCAAGCUUCAGACUGCCUGAUUACAGCUGAUGCCGAGAAGAAUCUCAACAAUUUCUUCGUCAUUAUCCUCCGACCAUUUCGCCUUCAAAUGGGCCAAACAAUUUUUCCUCAGCGGCGGCAAUUCUCCGCCUGUAUGGGCAACUCUGGUGGGAGGGUUCUUCUUAGUUCUCUCUCUCACCCUAUCUACUUUCCUCAUUUUCGAACACCUCUCUGCUUACAAAAAGCCCGAGGAGCAGAAGUUUUUGAUCGGGGUUCUUUUGAUGGUUCCAUGCUACGCUGUUGAAUCAUUGCCAGGAUUCGAACCCGGGUUUACCCCUGUGGCAUUGCCCUCUUGACCAGUUGAGCUACGCCCCAGGCAUUUGUAUGGACAACAAAGAUUUUUAGAGAGAGGCAAAGUCAUACGGAGUACUUAUUUUGUGUGCAAAGAAGAUCUUUGUUAACUUGUACAAAAAUGAACUGUUGGGAAAAAG